GAUGAAUGGAUCAGUGGGUGCGUCUUCACUGAUGCUGUGAAUCCUGCCUGUGUCGAGUCUCCAUCAUCAUCUUCAUCACUGCAGUAAGAAGCAUCAGCAGCAUCAGCAGCACUGCUCGGAGUCACAGCAUCUCUCUGACAUUCUAUCUGCAUCAUCACAGCUGAAACACGGGAAGGAUCGAGGCUUUGCUGGAGAACCAGAGGACAUACACAAGUUUCCUCGCGAUGCUUCCUUUAUUUUUGUUCCUGGUCGCCCGCAUUGCCGCGUCCAUCCCACAUCCGACAUCCACGGGUGAAGUAUGUGAACCGGUUCCGUGUGAGAACGGUGCUGACUGUCCCAGUACACCAGCUGAAGAAAAUGUUUCCUCAUCAGGCUGGGAAGAGCAAUCUGAAAUCGGGAUCUGCCGCCCAAACCCGUGUCACAACGGAGGGGUGUGUGAACUGAGUGAGACCUACCGCGGUGACACUUUUGUCGGAUAUUUGUGCAGAUGUCCACUUGGCUUCGAUGGUGUCCACUGCCAACACAAUGUUAACGAGUGCGAAAAAAAUCCUUGCAAAAAUGGAGGCAGCUGCACAGACCUGCGAGCGAACUACACCUGCCAAUGUCCUGGCGAAUACAUGGGGCGGAACUGUCAGUACAAAUGUUCUGGACCUUUAGGAAUGGAAGGGGGGAUCAUUUCGAACCAGCAGGUAACAGCUUCCUCCACACAUAGAGCUCUGUUCGGCCUGCAGAAGUGGUUCCCGUACUUCGCCCGACUCAACAAGAAGGGCCUCGUCAAUGCCUGGAGCGCAGCCGAGGGCGAUCGAUAUCCGUGGAUUCAGAUAAAUCUACAGCGCAGGAUGAGAGUGACCGGAUUGAUAACACAGGGUGCCAAGCGAAUCGGAAGCCCCGAGUAUGUGAAAUCAUAUAAAGUGGCGUACAGUGAAGACGGGAAGGCCUGGAGCAUGUUUAAAGUCAAGGACACAGAUGAGGACAUGAUGUUCACAGGAAAUACCGAUAACAACUCCCCCUCUGUCAACUACUUCAGCCCACCGAUUGAAGCGCAGUAUAUCCGCAUUUACCCACAAGUCUGCAGGAAACACUGCACACUGCGAAUGGAGCUCCUGGGCUGUGAGCUCACAGGAUGCUCAGAGCCCAUGGGGAUGAAAACCGGACACAUCCACGACUAUCAAAUAACCUCCUCCAGUGUGUUUCAGACCCUAAAUAUGGACAUGUUCUCCUGGGAACCCUCCAAGGCCAGACUUGACAAACAAGGCAAAGUCAACGCAUGGACAUCAGCCCAUAACGACCAAUCACAGUGGCUACAGAUGGAUUUGCUGAUUACAACCAAAAUCACAGGAAUUAUCACCCAAGGAGCCAAAGAUUUCGGGCACGUGCAGUUUGUUGGUUCCUUUAAAUUGGCAUUCAGUAAUGAUGGAGAGAGAUGGCUCAUAUAUCAGGAUGAGAAACAACAGAAGGAUAAGAUCUUCCAAGGAAACUUUGACAAUGAAACACACAGAAAGAAUGCGAUCGAUCCGCCGAUCUACGCCCGAUUCAUCCGGAUUCUUCCGUGGUCGUGGUACGGACGCAUCACUAUGAGGGUGGAGCUUCUGGGGUGUCCGGAGGAACAGUGAAAGUUCAGCGCAUUCAUGAAGGACUGUGUAUAAAUAACUUUCAACAUUUCUAGUGGUGAUCUUUCAAGGAUGCUAAUGAGACUUAACUGGUCUGAUUUGAAAAUGAAAGAUCUUUUGAUUACGGUCGAUGAUGAUUGUGAUGACUUUGAAUGGAUUCUUUUUUUUCUCUAAAAAAACAAAAUCACAAUGCUUUUUAAAUGUUACUGUCAUCGUACAACUGACUACUUUUAUUUCAGAGUAUAAACAGCUGAAAUAGGUCAAUUGAAUCCACUCAGGUCAAAGGUCACCUGCUAGAAUAGCACUUCGAGUUUAUGAUUUAUGAAAAUUAGGAGGUGGUUCUGAGAACUGUUAGUAAUGUUCUUAUCUAAUUUAUGUAUAUUAACUACUGAAUGGUGUCAUUUACAAUUUAUUAAUAUAUUCAGUAAAAGCAAAAUCGAAGAAUAAGUAGGGGAGAGUGGGGUAAACUGUGCCGCUUAUUAAGAUUUAUUUGACAGAAACACAAGACUAGAGGUGAUGUCACAUUUACCAUUGUGUGGUAAAUCUAUGGAAGCUUAAUUUCUACCAGGGAUUUAAAAGGUACAUGUGGCUAUCUCACAAAUUUGGACUUUUUUCGCGCAAUUGCGAGUUUUAACACAGUUUCUCAAUUCUUUAUAUGCCACUAUUCUAACUUUUUUUCUAAUGAAUAAGAUAUAAACUUAAAAAAAAUGUAAAAAAUUGUGAGAUAAAAAGUCUCAGUUACCUUUUUUUUUCUGUGUCGGAAACGAGCUUUCGUGCAGUUUUUAAAAUAGAAAUCCACAUAUUUAGGAAUUUCCGGGAAGUAUCGCUACACUAUCGACAAUUAUAGACAAUGGACCUUUUUUUCUCAUGUAAUUUUCUGCUGAAAUUGAUUGUGACUGUUCCUUAAUAUUUAUCAUCAUAUUUCAGGAUGUCGACUGAAAUGAGAAGUGUCACAGUGGUUCAGUGACACAACUUGCCCUGUGUUUUAGGGGUAACCUGUGACAUAUCAUAGGGUACUUUGAAUAAUUGGGAAAAUGUGAAUAUAUUUACUAAUGCAUAAUCCCUUUCUAAAGUCUAUAUGUUGCGGCACAUAAUUGCAUUGUUAUACCCAGCCCAAAAUAAGGUUUAAAUAUUCAAAAUAUUUUUACUGCUUAUCACUUUUCGACAAAAAUUAUGCAGUUUGCUUGAAUAAAGGGACGACAUAUCUUACCCCACUCUUCCUGCAUACAGCUACAGGCAGAAUUAUUUCAACACAAUAUAGCGUUCAGUAUUUCAUAUAUAUUCAAAGUCAAGUAUCCAUGAAAUUAUAAUUAAAUUAGUUCCAUGGUGGGGAAAAAUUUUUUGUACCGUCGAAUAUCAUGUUUCACAAUAUAGAAGUGAAAUGGGUUGCAGGCUGCGUUUCAUGUCAUCUUGUAGCAAGCAAACUAUUAUUCCUUUAUUUAUUUCUUUUGUAGUGUUUUUAAAAAUGUGUAAAUACAGUACACAGCAAGAGCAAGUUUGUUAUAUGUAUAUCUCUACUAUCUUUCUAUUUCUUCAUUGCAGUAUUCACUGGACAGUUAUUGAACAGACCUGAUUAUAAUGUAAUAUAGUAUUACUGAACUGGUAAUGGUCAUUUUAAAAAUAAAAAUCAAACUCUGUUCCUGCACAGCUACA